AUGUCGGCUAGAUCGCGCAAGGACAGGUCUGCCACAGCGUCGUCCACCGAAGGUGAGUUGUUGCCAGUCUCGCGUUCGUGCUGAGCGGGCCGACGUAGCAGCAGCAGCAAGUCGGAUGAAUGCUUGAAGACCUGCGCUCGCUCGCUCGCCUCGCCUCGCCUCGCCUCGCCUCGCUGACGCGCAAGCACCCCUGGUGAAACAAAAGAGAGACGCACGUGGGAUGCAGUAAAGGCGACGUUGCGCAAGUUUGAUCGAGCUCGCGUCGCCAAGUCGGCUCACGAAGCAAAUCUCAAUCGACAUCGCGCGACGCUGCAAGAGGUGCUGGAUAGAGUGGGAACAUUGCGCAAGACGGACAAUGACACUCGGACUGCGGAUGGUGUUGCAGAUCAGGGAAAGAUGGAUGUGGAUGAAGAGGAAGAGGGCGAAGGUGACGAUGAAGCUGAAGACGCGAGAACGGCAAUGGCCGAUUCCAAGGCAGCUCUUCUGCGAGCUGUGGAUGACGAGAUACGGCGAGCAAGCAGUCCAUGUGGUGUGGCCUGCCCAGAAGCCCAACAAGCUGCUCACACUGCUUUCCAUGCCCACCCGCCACACAGACUGGCCGAUGAGAUUCUAGAGACGCUAUCUGUGCUCAACGCGCUGCGUCCCACCGCUGCAAAUGGUGUGUGCUCGCCCCCCGCCUCAUCUCGAUUCCAUGUUGCGCUGGUAUACGCUGAGCCCGGACGGCUUUUUUGAACACUCCUAGAUCCACCAGCCAAAGCCAUGGGACGCAAAAAGCGACGCUUCUCCAGUGUUUCAAUGUCCCCCUCGCUCACACCUGCUCCUGCGCAAUCGCCCCCGCCCCAACCUGUAAGCCGCGCCUCGCAACACUCGUAUGAAAAGAACGACAACCGGGGAGGAGCGUUUGGCGCUACGCUUGAUGCCGCCCCAAGCGGUUCGGCAUCCACUUCUUCAGCAGCCACAUCUAGCGCACUCCGCUCAUCAGACUCAUCGUCCAAUCUUGUCAGCGGCUCGAACAGCGCAAUCGGCUCUGCUGCAAGAGACACGCACAACACGUCGACAUCGAGUGCCAAUGUGAGCGCGACGCCAAGCGCGAGCAAGAGCAGGCAAACGCCACGGGGAUACGUCGACCCUGCUAAAGCGCGCAGAGAAGUUUUGCACGCCCAAUUGCCUCUGGCCAAAGGACGCAGGGUGGCCUUUAGGCAGCCGACCAAAUCUCGCUCGGAGCGUGGACCAACGAAUGGCAAAGGGUCUGGUGUGCAAGGUGGCGCGGGCGCAGGAAAGGGCGGAACGGGCGGCAGCGGCAGCGGCAGCAGCAGCAGCAACAGCAACAGCAACAGCAACAAUAACCAGACUGAAGAAGAGGGAGAGACUUGGAUUUUGGCUGUUGUGAUGGAAUGCAUCAACAACGAUCGAAAUCGAUACGUCGUGCAGGACGCAGAGGAUCGCAAUUCUCCGUGAGUAGCACGAGUGCUUUUCGCCCUCUUUUGACACGGGAAUAUCGCGCAUCUGAUACGUUGAAGCUGCUCACGCCCUGUGCACCGACAGCACGGUAAACACGACGCUCAAAGCUAUCGUGCCGCUACCAGAGAGUGUGGCUACGUUGCCACCACAAGACUAUGCAGUAGGUCAAUGGGUGAUGGGCAUGUAUCCCGACACUUCAUGCUUCUACCGCGCCAAGGUCUUGGGUGGAGGUCCAGGUCUGACUGGUCGUCAGAACCCAGCCAAGGUGAGUCAAGACUGCAAAGGAAGGUCAUGCAGUGAGCCGCACGUAUGCUUCCCCUUCUGACAUGCUCUCGUGGUCUCGCGUGAUCUUUGACGGACUGCCCCCUCCCCAAGCUCAAAUCGAGGACGCAGGAAUUGUUGGCGAAGCCAUAUCAAUUGGAGUUUGAGGAUGACAAUAAUAGGAUGCACGAAGUCUCCGCCGGCUACGUCGUCGAAAGACCAUAG